GGUAUUUGUAUAUAUAAAUGGACAUAGUCUACCACAAGUGAGACCUAAGACAGCCUACCAUAUAUCUACAUAGGUAGAGACUAUAGAGUCGCACUGUAGUUGCAGAUAGAUCCAUCGACAUCAGUACAUUUGCACGUCUCAUCUUUUUUCAGCAUGGCUAAGUAUCUGGAGUCAGUCGGGGGUGCCCUGAACACCUGGGGCGUUACCAACCAGAUCGACAAGAUGAAGAACAUGGUAAUGAAUUAUUCCGACAUAGAGUUGAAAGUGCGAGAGUGCACGAAUUUAGAUUCAUGGGGUCCCACUGGCACGCAGAUGGCCGAGGUUUCUAAGAUGACAUUCAACUACCAAGAUUUCAAGGAGGUCAUGGAGUCUAUCUGGAGACGAACUCAGGAGACACACUGGCGGCACGUUUAUAAAUCUCUCUUGCUGCUUGAUUACCUGAUCAAGAACGGGUCCGACAAGGUAAUUUCAAAUGCGCGUGAUAAGACCUACGACUUGCGGGCCAUGGAGAAUUUCCGAUACACAGACGAGCAGGGCAAGGACCAAGGAAUAAACGUGCGUCAGAAAGCGAAGGAUCUGCGCUCACUUCUGCAGGACGAUGAGCGCAUCAGAGAGGAGCGCGGCAAAGCACGUGCCAACAGAGGCAAAUUCACCGGUGUGAGCGCAGCAGAGAUGUCGGGCAGUGCGUCACGCUACGGUGGUUUUAGUUCGGCGGGCGAUCGAGGGUUCUCGGCCACUGGAGGGUUUGGUAGUGCUGACUACAAUGCCGGUCGUGGGGGUGGUGGUGGUGGUGGAUCCAGCUACGGGAGCAGGCCGAAACCCCGUGGCCGGGAUGUAUUCGACGACGAGAGUCCUGUACGCGGUAGCAGAGACAGCGACGACAGAUACUCGUCACGUGACCGCGAUUUGGACAGACGUGGUGGAGAUGGCGACCGCUACGACGAUCGCGAUAGCGGCGAUAAAUACGGCAGCAGUAGAGACUCGGAUAGACACAGAGAUGGCAGGGAUCGGCGUGACCGUGAUGACGAUAGGCAUAGUCGUCGAGAUACCAAGGGUACUUCUCGUUCAGGACGCGACGACCGUCGCCGCAGUCCUUCACCCGCCGGCCGAAAGCCAUCGAAUAACAGAGACCGAUCUCUGUCGCCACCUCGAGGAUCGCCCGCUGGAUCACCACCCAGGUCAAGGAAAACAGAUAACUCCAGGGGUGCCCGACGCGGAGUACCCACCAAAAGUGCCGCGAAGCCCUCGAAGAUGGUGAGUCUGGGCGCCGCCGAGAGCUAUGGCGACAGAGGCAGCGACCGCCGCGCAGACAGGCAGGACAGUCGCGGCAGAGACAGAGACAACAGAGACCGCGACGAUCGAAGAGAUCGCGAUGAUCGACGAGACCGUGAUGACCGGGACAGGAAUGCUUCGAAGUACCAGUCCGUGUCUGACGAUCCUUUCGGAGACGAUUUUGGAGAUAUGAGUUUGGCACCCGCAGCCACGCCAGCGGCAGGUCCAGCAGACGACUUCGGAGACUUCAGUGGAUUCAGCUCUGAGCCCGUUGCUGCUGCGCCGGUCCAGGCACCAGUGAACACACAGGCUGCUUACAGUGGCACAGCGGCCGGUGAAGAUUUCGGAGAUUUCACAACAUUCGCCGCGCCCGCGCCAGUUGCCGCACCAGUAGCCGCCGCUGGUGAUGCUUUUGGAAGUUUCGGGGGAGCCCCACAACAGACGAUGCCAAACAUGACAAUACCGCAGACCACCGCCGCUAACCCAAUGGCCAUGGGUAUGGCUGGGAUGCAGGGCAUGGGCGGUGUCGCCCCCACUGGCAUGGGGAUGCCCAUGAACAGCAUGGGGAUGGGUGCCAUGGGCAUGCCGCAACAGACGCAACAGCAGAUGAUGAUGCAACAGCAGCAGGCCCAGGCCCAGGCCCAGGCACAGCAGAACCAGGCCUUUGGGGCCCAGGGCAUGCAGGGAAUGCCAGCGGGUUAUAGCAUGCAGCCGAUGAAGCCCACGUCAGCGACUGGCACGAAGCCACCGGCCGCCAACACGUGGGGAGGCGCUGGUGCUGGACUGGUGAACCUCGAUGCCGGUUCAUUGGGUAUGGGCGCCACGAAGAAGGCUGAACCAGUGCUUACACUGGGCUCUUUACAACCAGCCGACACCCCAAUGGGAGCGCAGCCAAUCAUGCCAAGACAGGGCUAUGGACAAUCGUCGUACGGCCGCCAGGGCUCAGCCAACCAACCGGCGGGGAGACAUUACUCUAACAGCAACACACUGAUCUAAGCCUGGUGGAUGACUUUUGUUCUGUGAACUGCGAAUAAACAAACAAACAGUACCUACUAGUGUAGACACAAGCAACCCAUCGCCCGCCGCCCGGGAAAGAGUUGUGUUGGAUUGUGCAAGUGGCACUUUCUGGUGGCUUGUCGCCUCGGAGCCGGCGCUACGCACCUGCUUUUGUAUGCCAAAUAGUUCAGUUUGGUUUGGUUUCCCGUGGACAGUCCUUCAUACGCUCUCCUAACGCACAGCCAUCAACAAAGGAAUAUCGGCUAUGUGCGUCUGAAUUGUAUACACGUUAAGCUACGUGAAGACUUGACACCUAAUAAAAAUGACCUCCAUAUGAAAUGCC